GCCUCAGUGCGAGCUCCGUCUGGUAGUACAUUGCAUUCUCGAUACAAGCUACAAAGCCUUGAUAUCAAACAUAACGAGGCUUUUAGUCGACAUUGGGACAAAAAAUGCUUUUGUUUCCACUGAAUCUGCAUUCGUUUGUCAGAGUAAAUAUGGCGAACCCCUUCAUUUUCAACUGGGUCUGGCUUUUACAGCUCGGUGUAUGUGGUGUUGAUACAGAUAGAGAGACAGUGUCUGUGGUGGAGGGAAACACAGUCACUCUUCACACGGGCGUUAAAACAAACCAGCAAGAAAAGAUUAAAUGGUUUUUUAAUGACAUUCGCAUUGCCCAAAUUAGUGAUUAUCUCAGUAAGACCUGUACAGAUGUUCAGUGUAAUGAAGGUACUGAGAGAUUCAGAGACAGACUGAAGCUGGAUCCUCAGACUGGAUCUCUGACCAUCACGAACACCACAACCACAGACUCUGGACUUUAUCGACUGCAAAUGAUCAGCAGCAGAAACAUCAGUGAAAUUAUAUUUAGCAUCACUUUCCACGAUGUUCCUGCUGCAGAGACAAAUAAAACACGGAUCAAGACAGUGAAGGAGGGAGAAUCUGUUACUCUAGAUCCUAGUGUAAUGAAAAACCCCAAAGAUUUGAUGAUAUGGUACUUCAAUGACACUUUCAUAGCAAAAAUCAAUGGUGAUCCCAGUAGGAUCUGUACAGAUGGUCAGUGUGAAGAUGCUGGUGAGAGAUUCAGAAACCGACUGAAGCUGGAUCAUCAGAAUGGAUCUCUGACCAUCACUAACACCAGAAACACAGACUCUGGACUUUAUCAUCUAGAGAUCAUCACCAACAGCAGCAGCAUCCGUCAGAACUACAUUAUCAGCAUCUUGAGUCAAAAGAGCUUCAGUGUUCCCUUCCAUAAUUAUCUUAUGUAUUUCUUUGCUGGAGGGGUAUGUGUUGGUGUUCUGCUGUUCUUUGCAGGGAAACAGUACCUAGAAGGAUUCAUUAAAUGAUCUGGUGUAUUCCCCUUUCACAGAGGAAGAGAUUUAUUUACAGUAUGUCUAAUUCUAUCAAUUAUGUAGCUUUCAAACAUUGUCAUAAAGUGCUAACGAUAUGCUUAUAUCACACUGAGGACUUGCAAUAUGUUCUUAGCCCCUGGUUGUUUGGCUAACUCUAAGUGAAGCUGACAUUUUCCUGUAUUCAACUAACACUGAGAUAUUAUAGCCCUGUUACACAUGGUGGUCUCUACAAUGGACAGCUAUUCAAUAAUCAGUUUAUUUUGCAUGCAUGGGAUCUAAUGGUAUAAUUGCAUAUGCAUCACUGCAGAAACUAUCGCAUCACUGCAGGCCGAAACCCAAAAUAUUAAACCAAAAAUAUUCCUUUUCAAUUAUGGAUGAAGGAUGAAUAUCUUCCCAAAAUAGGACGACCUAAACUAAUAUAUAUGCCUAUGUUUGUUCAUAUGAUGUGUACAUGUUUAGCACCGUGGUCGCAUGAGCCUUAUGGCAGAAUGGACUUAACUUGACACUCUUCACUAUAAUUUAUUUUGUAGAUUUGAAAUGCACGAAAACACAGUGAUAAAAAAUAGUGCAAAUAGCUAAUGAUGGGCCCUCAAAAACACUGCUUCAUGAUGUCUCAAGUGGACUCCUUUUGGUUGUUGUUUUUGUCUUGUGCCCUGUGUGACCUACUUUUAGUUGUCUUAUCGUGUUCAGCUGUGUCUCGUUUAAGUAUUUACAUUGUGUAUUUAAGUCCUGUUGUUUCAGUUCUGUUUGUCCGAUCUCGUUGAUGUAUUAAUGUGGUUUAGUUUAUCUGCCUGUCUGCCCGAGGUAUUUCUGUAUAUGUGCAUAAUUAAAAUAGUUAACCUUAUAUUCU